AUGGCCUCGAGGAACAUCGCCGCCCGGCUGCACCAAGGUCUCCGAGCCAAACGCGCAAUCGGCGCCGUCAAGAACAGCAAUCUACGGGCACCGGGCUUGACCCGUAGUCUGGCUACUCCUGUGAGCCAUGGCGCCACUACGGAAAGCACGACGCUGAGCAAUGGCUUCACGAUCGCAACCGAGCACUCCCCCUACGCCCAAACCAGCACUGUUGGUGUCUGGAUCGAUGCUGGCUCUCGCGCCGAGACAGACAGGACGAAUGGCACCGCACACUUCCUCGAGCACUUGGCAUUCAAGGGCACGCAGAAGCGUAGUCAAAGCCAGCUCGAGCUCGAGAUUGAGAACAUGGGCGCCCACCUCAAUGCCUACACGUCCCGCGAGAAUACCGUGUACUACGCUAAGGCCUUCAACAACGAUGUACCCGCCACCGUGGACAUCCUUUCCGACAUCCUCCAGAACAGCAAGCUGGAGAGCAGCGCCAUUGAGCGCGAGCGAGACGUUAUUCUCCGCGAGCAAGAGGAGGUCGACAAACAACUAGAAGAAGUCGUCUUUGACCAUCUCCACGCCACCGCCUUCCAGAACCAGCCUCUAGGCCGCACCAUCCUCGGACCCAAAGAGAACAUCCAAUCCAUCACUCGUGACGACCUCCAAUCCUACAUCAAGACCAACUACACCGCCGACCGCAUGGUCCUCGUCGGCUCCGGAGGCGUCCCUCACAACCAACUCGUCGACCUCGCCGAGAAAUACUUCUCCCACCUGCCCCAGCAUAACUCCAGCCAACAAGCCCACGCCGCCGUCCGGGGCACAGAACAGACCCCGGACUUCGUCGGCUCCGAAGUCAGGAUAAGAGACGACACGAUCCCGACCGCCAACAUCGCUAUUGCAGUCGAGGGCGUAAGCUGGAAGGACGACGACUACUUCACCGCCCUCGUCACCCAAGCCAUCGUCGGCAACUGGGAUCGCGCGAUGGGCAACUCGCCUUACUUGGGAAGCAAACUCAGCACUUUCAUCCACGAGAACAAAUUGGCCAAUAGCUUCAUGUCGUUCAGCACGUCGUACUCCGAUACCGGGCUCUGGGGUAUCUACAUGGUCACGGACGCCAUCACCCGCAUCGACGACUUGGUCCACUUCACCCUCCGCGAAUGGUCUCGUCUCUCCUUCUCCGUCUCGGAAGCUGAGACCGAGCGCGCCAAGGCACAGCUCAAGGCUUCGAUCUUGCUUUCGCUUGAUGGCACGACGGCGGUGGCGGAGGAUAUCGGAAGGCAGAUUAUCACUACCGGUCGACGGUUGGCUCCCGAAGAGGUGGAGCGGGCGGUGGAGAGUGUCAAGGCCGCCGAUGUGAUGAAGUUUGCGCAGGCGAAGCUGUGGGAUAAGGAUAUUGCUGUUUCGGCUAUUGGGCAAAUUGAGGGGUUGUUGGAUUAUGCGAGGAUCAGGGGUGAUAUGAGUAGGAUGCUGUCGUAG